UCUCCACCGAAGUAGUAGUAGUAGGUGGCGAUAAUGCAACAUUUAUUGGAUGCCAAUAAACUUCACCGAAGAAGAAGUGAGGUAUCGCUUGAAAGCUGUCAAAGGGGAAAGAGGCGAAAAGACGUCAACAAAACGAUAUAGCCACUUCACUCUGUUGAUCUUGGACAAGCAUAGAGGAAUGGGCUGUGGUCCCAUUAUAGUUGGAUCUACCCCUACUAGUCCUGAGACCACACAAGAAGCCCAGCCCCAGGCCAGGCCCGAAACAUGAGAUCUUUAACCGCUAAGUAAAGAAUGAGGCCUCAGCAACCCCACCCCAGAAACACCAUCACCACUACUACUAACAUAGUCUGUCACACACCUAUUACAACUUAACCCUCAACACAUUCCCCCUGCCCCAGGACCAGCUCUUGUAUCCCCUUCCUCACCCAACCCCCUACCACCCCCAACCCAAUACACUCCACAGAGCAGUUUAGCCCACCUCGAGACUUGAGUCACCAGCCAAUCAGCUCCUAGUAGGCUUUGUGCGCCUCCAUCGGCGGCCCUCCCCGGCGGUGUGUUGGUGUGCGAUGGCGCGGCGGGACGCUGAGGGCUGCCGCCGGGGAUUGUGAUGUCAGAGCCCGCCAGCCCGGGCGAGAGCCAGCGCGGCGCUCCCAGAUUCUUCGUGGGCUGCGAGGACGAUGAGAGCGAGGGCCUGGAGGACUACGACGGCUGCAGCAUGAGGACCGACAUGGAGCUGUACGAGGACGACGAGGACACAGACUCGCCCCCGGAGCGACAGAUCGUGGUGGGGAUCUGUUCCAUGAUGAAGAAGUCCAAGUCAAAGCCCAUGACCCAGAUCCUGGAGCGUCUGUGCAGGUUUGAGUACAUCACUGUGGUCAUCUUCCCUGAGGACGUCAUUCUCAACGAGCCCGUGGACAAAUGGCCCCUGUGUGACUGCCUCGUCUCCUUCCACUCCAAAGGAUUCCCACUGGACAAGGCAGUGAGCUACGCCAAUCUCCGAAACCCACUGCUCAUCAAUGAUCUGAACACACAGUACUACAUACAGGACAGGAGGGAGGUGUAUCGUAUCCUGCAGCAGGAAGGCAUCGAUCUGCCACGCUACGCUGUGCUGAACCGCGACCCAGAUAAACCAGACGAGUGUAACCUGGUCGAGGGAGAAGACCAUGUGGAGGUGAAUGGGGAGGUGUUCCCUAAACCCUUUGUGGAGAAACCAGUCUGUGCUGAAGACCACAACGUCUACAUCUACUACCCCACCUCAGCUGGAGGGGGAAGCCAGCGCCUCUUCAGAAAGAUCGGGAGCCGGAGUAGUGUGUACUCACCAGAGAGCAACGUGAGGAAGACUGGCUCCUACAUCUACGAAGAGUUCAUGCCAACGGACGGGACAGACGUUAAGGUGUAUACGGUGGGGCCUGACUAUGCCCACGCUGAGGCCAGGAAGUCUCCUGCCCUGGAUGGGAAGGUGGAGAGGGACAGCGAGGGGAAGGAGAUCCGCUACCCCGUCAUGCUCACCGCCAUGGAGAAACUAGUGGCCCGCAAGGUCUGCCUGGCAUUCAAGCAAACAGUGUGUGGCUUUGACCUUCUCCGAGCCAACGGUCACUCCUACGUCUGCGACGUCAACGGCUUCAGCUUCGUCAAGAACUCCAUGAAGUACUACGACGACUGUGCCAAGAUCCUGGGUAAUAUAGUGAUGAGGGAGCUAGCUCCUCAGUUCCACAUCCCCUGGUCCAUCCCUACUGAGGCUGAGGACAUCCCCAUCGUCCCAACCACAUCUGGCACCAUGAUGGAGUUACGCUGUGUCAUCGCAAUAAUCCGCCACGGAGACCGAACUCCUAAGCAAAAGAUGAAGAUGGAAGUGCGGAAUCCCAUGUUUUUUGAAUUGUUUGACAAAUACGGGGGUUACAAGACAGGGAAAUUGAAGCUGAAGAAGCCAAAACAACUGCAGGAGGUACUGGACAUAGCUCGGCAACUGUUGCUAGAACUGGGUGAUGGAAGAGAAGACUGUGAGAUCGAAGAGAAGAAAUCCAAACUGGAGCAGCUGAAGACCGUUCUGGAGAUGUAUGGCCACUUUUCUGGGAUCAACAGAAAAGUGCAGAUCACCUACCUGCCCCACGGGCAGCCCAAAACAUCCAGCGAGGAGGAAGACACACGUAAGGAGUGCCCUUCUCUGCUGCUGGUGUUGAAGUGGGGAGGGGAGCUGACCCCAGCAGGCAGGGUACAGGCUGAAGAGCUGGGCAGGGCCUUCCGCUGCAUGUACCCCGGAGGACAAGGAGACUAUGCUGGGUUCCCUGGCUGCGGGUUGCUACGGUUACAUAGCACGUACCGACACGACCUCAAGAUCUAUGCGUCUGACGAGGGCAGAGUGCAGAUGACUGCCGCAGCUUUCGCCAAGGGUCUGCUGGCGUUAGAGGGAGAGUUGACGCCCAUCCUUGUGCAGAUGGUGAAGAGUGCCAACAUGAACGGCCUGCUGGACAACGACAGCGACUCGCUUAGCGGCUGCCAGCACCGCGUCAAGGCCCGUCUCCACGAGAUCAUGCAGAAAGACCAGGAGUUCACAGAGGAGGACUACGAUAGGCUGGCCCCUACAGGUGCAUCCUCUGUGGUUAAUUCUAUGAGAAUUGUGGAGAACCCUGUGAUGACAUGUGACCAGGUCUACACACUCAUCCAGAGUCUCACCUCCCAGAUACGCAAGAGACUAGAGGACCCCAAAUCUGCAGACCUGCAGCUGUACCACAGUGAGUCUCUGGAGCUGAUGCUGCAGCGCUGGUCCAAGCUGGAGCGGGACUUCCGGAUGAAGAGCGGCCGCUACGACAUCAGCAAGAUCCCGGAUAUCUACGACUGCGUGAAGUACGACGUGCAGCACAACGCCACGCUGGGCCUGGAGGACACACUGGAGCUGUUCAGGCUGUCCCGAGCCCUCGCCGACAUCAUCAUACCACAGGAAUACGGCAUUAACAAAGUGGAGAAGCUGGACAUAGCGUACGCCUACUGCCUACCUCUGGUCAAGAAGAUCCAGCUGGACCUCCAGAGGACCCACGAGGAUGAGUCAGUCAACAAACUCCAUCCACUGUACUCUCGAGGAGUGAUGUCACCAGGUCGCCACGUGCGGACACGUCUGUACUUCACCAGCGAGAGUCACGUCCAUUCUCUACUCAGCACCUUCCGCUACGGAGGCCUGCUCGACGAGGAGAAGGAUCAGCAGUGGAAGCGGGCGAUGGACUACCUUGGUGCCGUUUCUGAACUCAACUACAUGACCCAGAUAGUUAUCAUGCUGUAUGAGGACAACAACAAGGACCCGUCGUCAGAGGAGCGUUUCCAUGUGGAGCUUCACUUCAGCCCUGGGGUCAAAGGUUGCGAGGAGGAGGAGAAAGCACCAAUGGGCUUCGGCUUCCGUCCCGCUUCCGCAGAGAAUGAUCAGAAACAGACAGACCCUGGCAGCUUGGAGGAUCUAUCACGUGACGAGCCCGACCGGGCCCUACCACUCUCUGAGCCAAUGGGCAUCCACCGGAGAUCCCCUCUGAUUCGCAACCGCAAGACUGGGUCUAUGGAGGUCCUGUCGGAGACGUCUUCAUCCAAAGCAGGCAGCUACCGUCUCUUCCCCUCCUGCUCUCGCCAGUCCCCUGAGAUGAAGCAGAGUGGUCUAGGAUCUCAGUGUGCGGGACUCUUCAGCACCACUGUCCUGGGAGGCUCCUCUAGCGCCCCCAACCUGCAGGACUACGCACGCACACACCGGAAAAAGUUCUCCUCAGGCAGCCUGUCCUAUAAAGACGAGUUGUUGUCUAUGCCGGCAGUAAAGAGAUUUUCUGUGUCGUUUGCAAAGCAUCCGACUAAUGGGACACAGGAUGACACGUGUGCUGUGGCUGUUCCCCCUCUGUGGUGGCCUGUGUCAGAGCCCUUGGAGGAGCACCACGUUGCCCAGCUGUUGAGGCGCUUCUCCACUGAUGCCAGCCUGUGCCGCCCUCUCUCUCUGGACGGGGCGCUGGCCCACCACCUCAACCAGUGCUCCUACCACCUCCGCCUCUUCCGUAACUGGCUCAUCUCUGGCCAAGACCCCCUAGAGUACUUCUACGGCUUUGAAGGCUGCUCCAUGGUGCCCUCCAUCUACCCACUGGAGACGUUGCACAACUCGCUGUCCCUCAAGCAGGUGGAUGAGUUCAUCACCGCCGUGUGUGAGACUGGUGGAGAUGCCCACUCCAGGACCACAAGAGCUCUGUCGGCCAUGUUUGACUCUCAGAACCAGCCGCCGGUGGACUCCUACAUGCCUCAGAGAGUCCUUUCCUCCUCCGUAUCCCCCCGACAGCGCUCUGACAGACCUCCCUGGUACAGCAGCGGUCCGUCCAGUACAGUGUCCAGCGCUGGCCCCUCCUCCCCCACCACGGCAGACGCCUCCCCCCAUUUUAGCUUCAGCGACAAGACGCACUUCACCCCCGAGAACAGCGAGGAGAUCCACUCCUGCCAUCACAACACAGUUCAGCAGGCCCCUACUGCUGGCCCCCAAACCCUCAAAUUCUCCAAUCCCACCAGCCCCAUGGAGGACCCGACCACCCCCUGCCAGACACCCCCAGAAGACAAUCCUGAGGCCCCAGCCACCCCCAGCCACCUGCCCCUGAGUGGAAACUCUGAAUCAAGGCAGGAGGAGCCAGGCGAGUCCCCUGCUUCAACUGAGGCCACUUGCGGUGAAGUUCCAGACCUCAGCCCAUUGAGCCCGUCAUCUUCCCCACUGGCAGACCUCUCUCUGGGCCUUUUGGAUGGAUACCUCCCCGGUUCUCUCCCGGUGCUCCUGGAGCUCCGAGAGAGCGGCAGUGAGGCAGGAUCCAGCGCACAGACGCCCCAGUCCCCAGAGGGGCCUGACGAGUUCUUUGACACCCAGGAGACGACGGAGAUGUGGAGGGGCAGCACGGGGAGCCUCCCCCAUCCUGGGACGCCACUUGAGGUGGGAGCCCCUCACGCGUCAGAGCCCUAGGUGGGGGCUCAGAGAACCAGAGAAGGAGCCUAGGUCUUCUAAGUGGCUAGAAGGAACUAAGGUAGAACUUCUAGGGGGCUGGAAGGAGUCUUCCAGGAAGCCCUUCAAAAACUCUCCUCUGCCAGUUCCAUGUGGUGAACCCCCAGUGGAGCAUUCUAGUGACCUAGUCUAAGACCAAGGCCCUGUGGCUUGUAACUUAUGUCUGGUGAAUAGUGGAUCAGGCUGCUGCUUCUUAGUACUUCUCUACCCUGGUCGUGUUCAUGAGACACAGAAACUGAGAAAAAGGGAGAGGACUUCCUGGACUUGUCCAUUAAGAUACGCACAUUUUCCAUUUCCGUUUUAAAAUGUUUUCCGUGGCAUGCCAUAAUGAACACGACCCCAGUCUCUAUCCCACAGCUGUCUGUGAACCAGCCGUUGUAGGAGAACUCAGUGUGACCAUAGAACUACCACCGAGUACAGUACAACAUCCUUAUCAUGACUGUCAUGUAUGGAUGUUUUUGUCCCUGUGUCUGAUAGAAAGCCACUUGUUCUGAAGUGAACCUUUGAUGUUGCUGGUGUAAACAGUCUAUAAUGGGUGACAUCUUCUAUCCACUGAACAGCCCUCAGUGUGCACCAUCUUCUAGCCACUGAACAGCCCUCAGUGUGCACCAUCUUCUAGCCACUGAACAGCCCUCAGUGUGCACCAUCUUCUAGCCACUAAACAGCCCUCAGUGUGCACCAUCUUCUAGCCACUGAACAGCCCUCAGUGUGCACCAUCUUCUAGCCACUGAACAGCCCUCAGUGUGCACCAUCUUCUAUCUACUGAACAGCCCUCAGUGUGCACCAUCUUCUAGCCACUGAUCAGCCCUCAGUGUGCACCAUCUUCUAGCCACUGAUCAGCCCUCAGUGUGCACCAUCUUCUAGCCACUGAACAGCCCUCAGUGUGCACCAUCUUCUAGCCACUGAACAGCCCUCAGUGUGCACCAUCUUCUAGCCACUGAACAGCCCUCAGUGUGCACCAUCUUCUAGCCACUGAACAGCCCUCAGUGUGCACCAUCUUCUAGCCACUGAACAGCCCUCAGUGUGCACCAUCUUCUAGCCACUGAACAGCCCUCAGUGUGCACCAUCUUCUAGCCACUGAACAGCCCUCAGUGUGCACAAUUGUGGAGAUCUCGCCAAAAAUAACUGAAACAACAUUUCAAUUUGACAGGUGGGCUCGCAUAUUGCAUCAUGUACAUCGCUACAUACAUACCAUUUACUAUAGCUAGAAUUGCAGCAUGUCCACCAACUCAUGGACAUUGUAAAAGGAGAUGGUUUGAGAGACAUCCCAUUUCAAGUAUUGUGAGUAAUACGUUUAUUUUUCCUGCUGGGAAAUGUACAUGUCAAUGUCAUCAAGUCGUUUUGAAAUGCAUUUUCAGUUGGCUACUUUAUUGCAGUAUAUUGAAAUCAUGGUCUUGUCACACAUUGAAAUGAUAAAUGCACCACAUGACUGGUCUGUGACAUUUCACCAAACAGAAGAUGUCACCCUGUGUGUCUCCCCAGUUCUCCUAUUCUAGGCUCUCCUCUCCCUGUGAUGGUCUGUAACACCGUAAAGGUCUGUUCACUUGAUAUGCGCCACAACUGUAUUGCAUCGAGCCAACAAUAGCCACGGUAGGCUCUUUCUUGUUACUCUGAUCUUGCGCUGCUCCCGACCAAGCAGCUCUCCACACCUUGUGCCAAUCAAGAGAACAGGCCUUAGAAACUCCUGACCAGCAGCUGAGGUCUUUUCUUAGGGGUAAAGAAGAUCUCCACUACAUGUGUGGUGAGAUUUAUUAUUUCCGUUUCCUCUUUUGAGAUUCAAUAUACUCAAAUCCUAGCCUGGUCCCCCCCCCCCUAGCAUGGUCCCCCACUGCACAGAUGUAGGAUCUUAAUUUGAACCAGUUUGCUACAGCAGGAAAAUCAUCCUGCAGGAACUGGAAAUGUGGAUUAUUAUUAAUGGACAUUUGUGUAGGGAGUCAUUUGAUACAUUUUUAGGUGGAAAUCACAAACUUCAGAAUCCCUUUUAAACAUCAAAUACACUACAGAAUUUACAUUUCCUGCAUUGCAGGAAAGUUCUCCUGCAACAUCGUGAUCAAAUGAAGAUCUUACAUCUAUGUGCUGUAGCUAGCUCUUCUAUUGUUGUCAAGCCAUACAUGUUGUCACGACAAUGAACGCAAACACACAGGAGUUGGCUAAAGCACAAACGGACUGGAGCACCAGGCUACUAUCCCUGUAGCCCCUAGUCACUUCCCCUAGCCCCUAGUCACUUCCCCUAGUCACUUCCCCUAGCCCCUGAAGGACCUGCAUAUAGGAGGGAGCAGUACUCUGCUGACUAAAAAUAAUCCACGUUUGAUUCGAUCACAACUUGUGCACUACUUUUUUUUUGCCAAAUUCCUUAAACCUCAACUACCACUUUAAUAUAAGUAAUCUUAUAGAAACCAUAUGAGGAGAGAUCUAUAUUUAACUUUGAAUCCUAGUGAGGUGAUAUUUUUAAUGCAGAGCCAUCAGAUUUAUUAACAGUUAUAACUUGUAUCAUAGCAACUGUAUAUUUUUGUAAAAGAUCACCUCAAACAUUACUGUAUUAAGCAAUCUUUUUUUUUUCACUGAACAAAAGAGGUCGGGGUAUUUUUGGAUGGUUCUCUGUGGUUCCAUUGCGUUAGACAGUUUUUGCAGGGCCUGUUCUGUGUGUGGACUGUUAUCUGUGUGUGUGUGUGUGUGUGUGAGAGAGUAAAUGAGAUUCUGUAUUUGACUAUUGGGGUUGGUACAGUCGUAUCGUGAUGUACUGUAGAGAUGAUUAUUUCUGUCACGUAACACAAUUUCAUGUCAGUCAAAGAAUGAACAACACUGCUGCUGCAUAGAGGCAACAUUAACACUGUAAUCUGUCAUUGUUUCAGUGGACAUUUACAGAUGUGUCAAUCUAAACAAUGAAAGUAUAUCUGAUUGUGUGUAAUACCUCUGGUCUGUGUCUCUGGCCUACAGUAGUGGUUAGUGUUGUCUGUUGUAAAGGAUGCUAAACUACACUGAAGUGCUGUAUCUGUUUGGUUUGGAAAGAGUGAUUCAUUUUGUGGCAACUUUUUGAAGGAGAUGGAAAGUGAGUAGAUAAAAUGAAAUAGCAUAAUGAAGAAUUCCCUGUUUAGCUGCUAUGCACUUCUAAACUCUUCAUGAAGGCUUUAUGAAUGAAAAAUGCACUUAAAUGCUUUUGGAGCUCUCAGUGAUUUCAGCCUUUUUAACUUAAAAGAUUCAGCUGAGAAAACGCACUCUGCUUUAAUUUCUAUGCUAUUUGCUGUGUGGGGUAAUCGGCUCAAUGGCUCUAUGGUUUCUACAAAUGCAGCUUUAUUUCUCUGAAUGAUGUUCUGAAUAAAAUGUCCUGUGAAAUGAUA